UUAAAAUCAUAAAACCCUAACAAAAAUCCUAGCUCAACAGAAGCAUAGCAAAAUGAAGAGGGUAUCAGCUAAAGUUGAAUCUACAAUCCCAAUCUCUCUCUCCGCCGCAGCAAAAUCCCUCUCCAAAUUUGCUGCAUCAGACCACGAAGCAUCACAUGCUGUUUCCUUAUAUCUCCAAGGUGCUGCUGAUUCAUUCAACAAGCUUGUUAAGAUUCAGCAGAAACUCAGUGUGAAAAAGGAGCCUCAUGUCAAAGUUGAAGAAAUUUCAGAAAAGAAUAAUCGGGAUGUGGGUUUAAAGGUUGAAAGUACAGUGAAGAAUGAAGAUAUCCCAAAUGGGUUCCGACAAAACAAGAAAAGCAAGAAUCUUGUCAAGGAAGAAAACCCGGAAGCUGAGGCUAAGACCAAAAAUUCAUCAAAAAUUGAUAAAGUGAAGGGUCAUAAGUUGAUCAAGACUGAACAAAAACUCGAUAUAGGGGAAGAAGAGAUGGAAACAUCCAACCAAAAUGAGCUGGAGUUUGUUAAAAUAGAUAGGGAGCUGAAGUUGAAGGAAGUUAAGGAAGAUGGUAUGACGAGUAGAGAUAAUAAGAAGAAGAAGAAGAAGAAAAAGAAGGAUAGUGGCGCUGGUGACAGUGAACACGAGGUGGGGAAGGUGCAAGAAGAUGGGAAGAGUAUGGAUCCUGAUGCUGGUUCUGCUUCAGCAGAGCAGAGUAGCAAGAAAAAGAGUAAAAAGAGAAGAAUUGAAGGUGAUGAGUAAUUGAAUUUAGUUGAGUCUAGUUGCUGUUGUUGCUACUAUUGUUGAGGAUCAGAGUUAGUGUAACACCUGCGGAAAUCCUCUCCCUUGCGUUUGUCAUUGCUAGAGCUGUAUUGAUAUAUCGUUUCAAGUAAUUUUGUCGAGAUAUGAUUCAAAUUUGAUAUGGUCUACAUAUCAGAAUGAAUUUAGGAUUCAAACUAUUUUUUUUUUAGUAUAGGUAGCAUUUUUCGGAUUCAAUCUAUAUUACUAGCAGAAGCAUAUGGUUGUAUA